CAACUUAGUUCACAGCUUUCAUACCUUUCAAAUAUUUAACAUGUGUAGUUCGGAGCAAAGUGAAGAGGUGCUUUUCUUUUGCCACACACAGCCAGGAAGGACAUCUUAUGAUAAGAAAAGCGCCCCAGAACACGAGAUGUUCGGCCUUACUUAUUCUGAGCUUCCUAUUGUAUUUUAAGAGACAUUCUGUGUGGAAUUAGGAUUUAUUUACAUUCUAUAGAGCCUUCAUAAUACAAGCCAAGGAUGUGGAGCAUGUCAUAGUAUGAAUAUGAGCACCAAGUACAAUAAAUGUCAAAACAAAAUUGUAACUUCAUACUUACUACAGUUAUUUACAUAAAUAUUUGCAGUAUUUAUAAUUUUCAAUUGAAGUGAAUUCUUCUGCGGAGUAGGAGUGAGAUAAAAGAUAAUCUUUCAGUGCUGGCUUAAAUGCUUUUAUAUCAUGAUUUAAACUUUAAAUGCUGUGAUUAAGGGUAUUGAAUAAUUUGAUCCCUGCAUAAUAAGCACCUCUGGUAACUGAUGAAGUUUGCACUUGGCUGAUGGAGAUGAUGAAUAUACCUUGUCUUUAUGUUGUAGGAUGUAAUAAAGAUGUACGUCAGUUUGUUUGGAACUCCUCCAUUUUAUUCACAAUGAAAUAUAGCAAUGAUAGAAGGUUUUACAAAGAGAACCUGCCCAUAAUCUCAGUGCGGCAUCACAGCUAUGAUCCUGAUGGGAAGACGACGGUUCAGAUAUUGAACAGAAAUGUAGAGGGGUUGAUGAUUAACUCUUACAGUCAGUUUGGAUUCCGACUGAAUAAUGGAAUGUACAUAUUGGGACCUAUGGCCAUAUUUCCUCGCACAGUCCUCAGUUGGAAUGUGGGCAGUGAGAGAGAUAUUAAUGAGGACUCUCUGUCACUUUUCUGCCUGCUUGAGCCAAAGAUUGCAUUGCCAUGUGUAGGGAGUGGACGGCCAAAGAAAAUAAAAUCAGACUUUGGGCCAUACAAGGAAUUUUUAGGGAGACAAAAUUUUCCAUCAAUACAAGUGGUAGUGUGGCUCUUCAUUCACCAGAGCAAAAAACCAGUGACUAAAUUGGAUGAUUUUAAUAAAAAUUUGCUGCAUUACAUAAUUUUUUAUAUGUAUGGGGCUGGAGAAUUUCUUAUGCCACAGAGACUAGUUGUGAAAAUGAAAGAAGAGGCAGGAUUUAAGGCAGCUGAAAAUCCAUGUUGUGAGUAUUGGUGCAUAUGGAUUUAUGGAAAUUUAGUGAUGGGAGGAAGCCACAAGAGCAUUGUUUUUGAAUGAAACUUGGGUGAAUCAGAAUACAAAACAAGAUUCUGGCGGAUGGUUCCCUGGUUCAGCCCCGACAGGAUUCAUUCCACAGAGCUAAGUUAAUUUUUCAGUCUAAAUUGAAUGCCUGAACAGAUAAUAUGGCAAGGUGAAUUCAGGGAUUUCAAAAUGUGGUUUACCCAACAGUUUCAACCAUACCUAGCUCCCAAGUACAUUAUUUUAGUUAUAACACCAGCAUCCACGAAGUUCAGGUGGAAAAGUACCAUGUACAAAUACAAGAAAAAUGAAUGUUACGGCACGGCUAUCCAGUGAACACAUUCCACACAUGGGUCCAAAAACAUGCCUAAAGUUAUUGUAACUGAUUAAGUUGAGUAGCCAUCCAUGUGUCAGAUGAUAGGUAGAAACAUAUUCUCCAUGUAAUUUGUGUAAUUUCUAUCAAAUAAAUGUUACAAUUUCUGACAAAGAA